GACGCCGCCUUGCUCUGACGGCGACAAAAGCACACCGACUAUCUGCCGCGAAGAGUGCGACCGCAAUAUCGCAAACUCACGUUGUAUGCUUUUACGAGGACUUACAAUAGCAAGCGUUUUGUCACAGAUUGGGUUGUGGAAACAUCUUCGACGCUGCGAAACGGUCGAGUCACUCAAGGACCCAUGGCCACUGGCAUGCCGCCCGGUGCUGGGACUCCAGCUCCAGGCUCCACACACAACGGUAUGGCCUUCAUGAACAGAUUUCCUCUGGAGGCCACAUUUCAACAGCAUAGCCAGCAGAUGAAUUGUGACCAAGCGAUGGUGGUGACACCACAACAAUGGGAGUUCAUGAUUCGCCAGCAGAGGAUGCAGCAAAGGUCCCGGGCUCAGACACAGGGCAUACCUAUGGGAAUACCAAAUGCGCCCGGCUUUAAUCAGGCACAGUUGGCGCAAAAGAAGAUGGGAAUGGGCAUGCGCCCACAAAUGCAGAUGAACCCUAACCAUCCCCAGAUGCAAAGCCUACAACAUCAACACAAUCAGCAGAAGAUCGGGAGAACAGCAGUUGGGAAGCGGGCAGAUAGACCUGGCUCCGCGCGAAAACCCAAAUCUUAUACUUCUGCUCUGCUCGACCGGAAUCGUCUUACAGAGAAGCCGGGCAACAAAGGAACAUCUUCAACGAGAUUGCCUGAGGGAAAUGCCUCGGGCAGUCGCACAAGCUCGGUGGAAGAGGCUCCCAACAAGGACGCGGAAAGGGGUAAUCUGCACUAUACAGUAUCUAGAGACUGCAGCAAACCGGAACAUGUACGUCGCGAACGACAACUUUCGGCGUUAUUGGGCUGCUCAAAAGGAACGCCACGUACAAGCGCCCAAGCUUGCAGGACGUCCCCUGCGGUAGAACAUAGUGAUGACGCUGUUGUUUCGCUGUCACUUGACAAAUUCGACGUUCCUCUAGGUGGAAAGAUCCUUACCUCUCACACUAUGAACAUUCAAGCAAAGACGAAGAACGUAAAGAAGAGGCUCAAGGAGCAGAAGCCGGUACUCCAGCGUCAUCGAAUAGCACUUGAAACUGGGAUUCGCAGGAAGGAGGACGCCAAAACGUUCGAGACAGGCAGGACGCGCCGCGUCGACCGAACACUGGUCCCCGACAAGGCCGACGUCUUCCUCGAGCACACGCACCAAAUCGAGAAUGCUCUUCGCAUGGAGCUUCAGCGGUUGAUAGACGAACGCAAGAAGUAUGAGCCACUCUUCCAGCAGCUACAAUUCGAUCGCGACGAAGCUAUCAGGGCCAGGGCACUAGAGACUGGCGAACUCCGACGGAUGAACAAUGUGCUCAAGGACACCAUCCGUGACCUCGAAAGGCAACUGGACGCACGUGCCUUGUCGACCCGCUACUCGCAUGUUCUCUCCGAGGCUGCCUGAGAUGGUCGAACAUGGUCGGUCCAUCCAUUGCCGCCUUUUCUGGCCUUGUCUCUCCUUGUGGUGGUCUCGCUCGCAGCUGAGAACUGGAAGCCUCCAUUUCGAAAUGAGCAAGGCGAAGCCAUUUUCAACGUCCGACAAAACGGGGCUUCAUUUCGAAAACUUGGGGGGUACGGCCACAAAGGCUACCCAAGUUCCUCAAUUCCUCGAUUCCUGUCCAUCUCUUCGGGCUAACACGAAUGAUGUGAUUUACGAGCAUUUGAGCAGGGUCGAAGAAGGGUGGCUUAAACGGGCCGGGGUCAAAAUGUCUAGGUUCGUUAUCUGGGAGAU